GUCUGGGGCUCACACUGAAAGCAAGAGGGCAGAGUUUCCCUUCGAGCUGCACUUCCUCCUCCUCCACUGCCACAAAAAGAACGAGCAGCUGAGGCGACAGCCACAAGUACUGCAUUCACAGCUCAGGGAGCUACAGCUCCCCGCUCCAUUCAACAGGAGGGAAAACUCACGCCUCGCCACCGCUUGGAUUUCUAGGAGAAAACUCACACAGCUGGUGUACUAUUACAGACACAUGGAUUAAACUUUCAAAUUCUGAGGAUGCGAUGACCUGCACUGUGGCAGAAGCCUGCAGGUUCCUUGACAACAUGAUGCUUUUCGCCUCCAGAGCAAUCCACCCUGGAGUCUAACCCCAACAGGCUGAGGUGAGAAAAAGUGGUCAGAGAAGAUGUUACCAAAUAUCUCCAGGGGAUUUCUCUGAGGAACCUAUUCCCCCCUUUGUCCUGUGGGAUCAACUGCUAUGGAACUCAAACAUUUGAAUUAUUGUAAGAGCAGCAAGCAUAUCCCAUCUUCAAAGGCUUCUUACUGGACCUGACAGUGACAGCAGGAGGGGGUGGACAGGACAGUUGCAGGAUGUUUAUGAAUUUUAGGAGGAUCAGAAAAUGUCAAUGUGUACAGCUGAUAACCACAUGCUUCAUCCUGUCAAUCAUGACGGCCUGCUGGGAGCAGCUGGACCACCACAUCGUGAGCCACAUGAAGUCCUACUCCUACCGCUACCUCGUCAACAGCUACAACUUCAUCAACACAAGCUUUACCAUUAGCCGCAAGGAAGCCAACAGCCUCAACAACUACUCCUACGUGAUCAACCAUGAGCGUGCAUGCGACAGUAGUGAUGUGCUGCUGCUCCUGUUCGUGAAGUCGUCCCCCCAGAACGUGGCGAGGAGGCAGUCCAUCCGUUCCACCUGGGGGAAUGAGACGUAUGUGCGGCGGGAGCUAGGGGCCAACGUGCGGGUGGUGUUCGCCCUGGGGCUUCACCCGCAGCCCGAGCAGAGGAGCCGGGUCCAGCAGGAGCUCCUUAGGGAAGACCGCAUGUACCGAGACCUGAUCCAGCAGGACUUCGAGGACACCUUCCACAACCUCACCAUCAAGCUGCUCCUGCAGUUUCGCUGGGCGCACACUCACUGCAGCCACGCCCGCUUCCUCAUGUCCGCUGACGAUGACAUCUUUGUGCACAUGCCCAACCUGGUGCGCUAUCUGCAGGAACUGAGCUGGAAGGGCGUGCAGGACUUCUGGGUGGGCCGCGUACACAGGGGUGCUCCGCCCAUCCGUCGUAAAGACAGCAAGUAUUAUGUGCCCUACGAGAUGUAUCAGUGGGCUUCUUACCCAGACUACACAGCAGGAGCAGGGUAUGUAGUUUCAGGGGAUGUGGCGGCAAAAAUAUACCAGGCCUCAUUGACUCUUAACACCACGCUCUACAUCGACGACGUCUUCAUGGGUAUUUGUGCCACCGCAAUGGGAGUGUCGCCCCAAGAACAUGUUUACUUUUCAGGAGAGGGUAAGGCUCCAUAUCACCCGUGCAUAUACAACAAGAUGAUAACCUCCCAUGGACAUGUGACAGACAUCCAGGACCUCUGGAAGGCAGCAACUAAUCCUGAGGUCCAAAACAUCUCCUCUGGACUCAUGGGGAGGCUGUACUGUACAGCAGUGAAAGCCAUUCUUCUUUGUAAACCAUACUAUUAUGACACCUACCCCUGCAAGGCAGCCUUUUCAUAGCGUGAGCUCCUCAUUACCAGUCAAGGCGGUUCUCUUUUUAGUGUUUCAAGCCAGGGGCAUUCUCAAAUUAAGGGCUUGGGUCAUAUGUUCAAGCAUCUGUUUAUGCCUUGUGUCUCUGGCUUGUAGUUUUGGAUUUACUGAGAGAGGAAACACACUGCACGGUUGCACAGACCCUGAGUAGCGCUGGAUUUACUUAAGAGUAGUUAGGGUGAGGUAAAAAGUUUGAGGGGAAGAAUCCAUUCAACACAAUGUCCUUCUGACAAGUUCCUAGCGGGAUAUUGUCCAGACAUGCUGACAGCUAUUAGUGUUAUAAUUCAGUUCCCUAUCCUAUCUUCUUCAAUUAAACUGAUUUAAAGGGUAUUUUCCUUGUUUCGCAUUCUUUCUUUCCCCAUGGAAUACGCAAAGGACAGUGUCGCCUGACUGUGCUCCUGUGAAACUAGAGCAGCACACUAGCAGCCAUUUUCUGCCACUGGCAUUUUCCAAGACAUCACAAAACGACCUCAGACUCCAUCCUAUUCACUAAAUAAUUCCACAUGAACAUUCAAGCUCUACGCUUCCUGAAUCUUUCCACAUAACAAUUAGUGUCCGUACAGCAGCUCUUUACUCUGUGGUGGUUCAAACAGAAAUUCUGAAGAACAGUGCUGGAGCUUUAGUGUAAAACUGUGUUUAGUUAACAGCUUCGACUAUAUGGAUUCUUUUGACUGUAACCACAUAAAUGAUUUGUUAUAAACAGCAAAGUGAUCAAAGCGGAAAGAAUGAGUGACUUAUUUUCCCACCAUUUUGCAGUUAUGUAGGUCAGUGAGCCAAAUGCAGCAAAAAGGGAACACUCAGGGAGAAUCGUACACCAUGCCCUUUCAUCACAUGCUUUUAAAAGCCACAGAGUACAACUACGGUGUUUUAAUCGCUAUGGCAUGGUAUAGCGCUUAACCAGGUGACAUCUACAAACCAACACAGAAAAAGUGGUUUCUGACAAACAUACAUCCUCAGGGGGAAAGAGCCUAAAAAAUUUACCUUAUAUGGUAGCAGAUGCACAUCAUUCGUUAUUGAUUCUCUGUUGCCAUGGUUAAUUGUGCACUGAAGAAAUAUCAGGAAAACACAGCCCGGCAUACGUUAUAUUGCCCAAUGGCACAAGUACUGGAUGUUCUCUCUUUUUUACUGUUGUUGUUUUUUACUGUUGCAGCAAUCGUUUACUGUUGAAUUUCCUUAACUAAUCAAUGCUUUAUUUAUAUAAGAAUAAAAAUGCAUACAAAUUUGUUUAAAAAUCUUCCCUUUUGUAAGCGCUAUCAUCCAAAGCUUAGUCUUUGAACAGGUACAAUUCAGAUAAUAUACGAUGUAUGUAAAAUCAAUGUCUGACCCAUAAACAGGUUGUUUUCUCAUUACCAGGUGUAAGCGCUGUCACAGUGUCUGUGCAAUCAGCAGAAUAGCUCACAGAAGUGACUCAUAAUGACGUUGUCAAUAGCAUGAUAAGGCUGUAUUUAAUUUCCAUGGUGAUAAACAAUCCUAAAGUCAGAUUAUCAAAUUAUCAAUGCGGUCAUAUCCCAUGCGGAUAAAUUGUAUAUUGAUAUAGACUUAAUAAAAACAUGAAACCUGUUGUAAAUCUUAUAAUAUGGAAUAUUUUGUCUGUAAAUUGAGGUUGACAUAACUGUAACAACAAGUAUUGUGUUGGAAAGAGCAGUGAGUUACACCUAAACACCACUGAAUGACAAGAACAUCACAGCCUGUCAACCUGUUAACCACUGAAUCUUUCCUCUGAGGUUUUAAGGUAGGUCACCAUUCAAAGUCUCUAUCAUGUAUAAAGAAU